AUGACUUUAGAUCGAGGAGAAAGAUACACAUGGGAGAAACUUUCAGCCAUUAAAGCCAACUGUGGAAACAAACUUGUUCUUGAUGAAUUUGUUAUCCAUAAACACACCCCAAAUUACCAAAAUUGUCCCUCAACCACACUAAAACUCAGCAUCAAAUCAAGUCUCAUGCCAUAUAAUCACCAGAGUCUUCCAUCUAAUAAGUAUUUAAAUAUACCCUUAAGCCGUCGUUGUUUACAGUUGAAGCCCAUCCCUUUGUUCGCCGACUAUCUCACCUGCGAUGCAAGGCAUGUUCAGGCCCAACGAGACAAGGCAGACAGCCCCCAGCCUCUACUCCAUCGCAACAACGCAGCAAAUCGACAACAAACUUGGGGAAUUUGGGGAUACGAUGUGCACAGUGCACAUAAGGUGCUCGAUGAAAUGCCCGAAUCAAUGGAUGCAGUUUUCAAGGCUUUUGAGAAGAUGUCUAAGCCGUGGCUGACCGUUAUCAAUCUGCUUUCAAUAAACGAAAUUGCUUUGGGGGAUGACAUAAGAGACCAUUUCUUGCAGCUAGCAGUUAAUCGUUCCUCUAUUAUAUGUUGUCGUGUCUCUCCUAAACAGAAAGCCUUGAUUACUCGAUUAGUGAAGAAAUAUACUGGCAAGAUGACAUUGGCGAUUGGAGAUGGGAAUGCAGUGCAUAGGCAUUGGUGUUACAAGAGAAUCUCCAAGAUGAUUCUGUAUUUCGUAUACAAAAACAUUGUAUUUGGGCUUACGUUAUUGUACUAUGAACUCUAUUCCAAAUUCUCGUGGGACGUGUUACAUGACAGAUGGUAUAUGCUUAUGUUCAUCCUGAUGUCCGUGAAGAGACAAAGUGAUAGGAAAUCAACAACUUGUUUUGAAUUCAUUCUGCUAUGGACUGAAAAGAUGAAGUGUUGGAAGAAUCAUAGGAACUCUAGAAAAAGUUUGUGCUGUUGUACAAUGAAUAGACCAUGUAUACGUUGA